AUGUCACAAAAGCCUCUUUCGCGCCUCGAGGCAAUUCCAAGAGACAUACUCAUGUGCAUCGAGGAUUUCCUUCCUAAAGAGUCACGUGCAGCCCUGUCCUUGACUAGCAAGCACAUGCGCCACUCGAUCGGUUGGCUGUACUUGGAUCUAUCUGAACAAGAGAAGGUAAGUUUUCUUCGGCUACUCGAGCGCGAAUGCGAGGAAAUUUACUGCCCAUGGUGCAAGAAGCUCCAUGAUGCACGAAAGGCACCAGGCGAUAAGCUUGACUCGCGGUACCAGUGCCGUGGACGUAGCGAUUUCAAGGGGCAUGCAUUCGACCACGAGCCGUUCAUUCCGGGCCAUCACCCUUACAUUUACUACGCGUAUGCCAAGAACGUCCGACUUGGCCGAGACGUAUCGCAGCUUAAAGCAAUGAUAGAGUUGCCAAUCGUAGGGACGCUCGGGGUUUCCGGAAUGGUUAAAACUAGGGCGUUCUCGGUUUUGGUGAACGAGUACGGGGUCUUUUGGCAGAAGAGAGACUCGUAUACGACCAGCGGGCACUGUCAGAUGAAGAACCUCGUGGAACACUGGAUGGAUUUCAGUGCACAUAUUGGACUCUGUCGACACUUGAGCCCAAAGACUACUUUGAAGUCUCAAGAGGGCCAGGGCAGGAUCGUCGUCCGGUGCCGAUGUCCGGUGCCGGGUCACACCGGCAAAUGUGACGAGCGCGACGUCCACUGGUGUGAUAUCUGCCGUAUGGACUUCCUGCUCGAGACACAGGUUUCAGGGAAUGGCCGCGACCAGUUGCACUUCACCACCUGGAUAUAUCUAGGACCUGGUGACGCGGCAAACAACAUCAGAUACAACCAUCACCACCGCCCAUGGGCGGAAGAAGGUAAGGCAGGAGAGGUUGCGAGGUACUCCGGAAUGCCAUCUGCGCUGGGAACACUGCCUGGAAAUAUUCGAACAAAUCCUGGUAGUCUGUAG